AUGGACAUGUCACGAUUCGAGGCUGAGGAGAAACGUGCAGCCGUAUCCAUCACACCUUCGUCAAAUGCGAGUAGUCAUACUGAGCAAAGAUCAAUCCCCACACGGGCAAACCGAAUCACUCGAUCUUCUAAAAGAGCUCUUUUGGAGCAAAACUGCGUGGCUUCUGCCGGCUCUAGCUCCACUCCCAGCGCUGGCGCGGAAACUACGUCCAAGUUCGCACAAAGAAGCCCAACGAAACCCCCAAAACGGAAAAGCAACGCACCGCAUGAGCAUCGAGAUCAUGAAGCACCAUUGAGUUGUAUAGAUGUGGAAUCCCAGUCAUCUCCUUCUACGGGUCUUUCUCCAUCGAAACGAGCCCGUUUGGUCCCCGAUGUGGUUGUGGAGUAUCAUGGCAUGGAGCGUCGGCCUCGCCCAUGGCGAAAUUCACCACCAGAGGCCUACCGUCACAGAAUAGAAAGAAUCAACCGAUCUCGUAUGUUCAUUGUGGGCCAACAAGUGUGUGAAACGGAUGACCUUCUCGAGUUCUACUUCCAUGUUGUGGGAUCAACCGGCAACAUAUACACUGUCAAAAUUGGGAAGCUGCCCUCCUGUAAUUGCCCAGAUGCCAAAUUCCGAGGUCGUGGGGAGUGCAAGCACAUCAUUUAUGUGCUUUUGAAAGCACUCAACGCACGCCCAGAGCUGCGUUACCAGAUUUCCUUUGUACCCUCGAUCUUGGCCUUAACGACUUUUGAUGUUUCAAAGGAGCUUCGAGAGAUGUACGAAGGCUCUCUCAUGAGCAUUUUUGAGGAGCAUGGCAUACCAGAUCAAGAUCAUGAAGGCAAACGCAGACCUCUUGACGGUGCCUGUCCUGUCUGCUUCGCAGGUUUCAGCCCUAGAGACAAAACCGUUUGGUGCCAAACCGGGUGUGGAAACAAUGUCCACAAGGCCUGCUUCGAGCAGUGGGCCCGAACAUCACGCUCCUCCCAAGGCUCCGUUCGCUGCAUCUACUGCCGAAUCGAAUGGCCGGCUCCUGGAUCCGAUCCCAAGGUCGAGAAACUCCGCCAGAGUGGGACUAUAGGGCCAGGAGGCUACGUCAAUGUCGCGGAGCAAUUUGGAUUGUUGCCAAAGCGCGUCACCAGACUGAGCAUUGCAUCCAGUUCCCAUGUUACCUUGGGCUUGAAGUACUUUCGCUUGCCCAAUGAGGACGACUAUGGGCCAUGGUGGUAA